GUGGUCGCCUUCCUUUCUCACCUGCCUCUCUCUGCUUCACAGUUACUCCCAGGACACAAAGCCCAAGAAUCACACAUGAGCUGUUGCACUGAGUUUGUGAACUUGAAGUCUUCCACUGCAUGUGUGAGAGUGUGUGCGUGUGUGUGAGCUGGACCUUUUAUUUUCCAUCAUGAGUCUGAAAAGCAGGAGAUUCUCGCUGGACAGCUCUCUCUGUCUGGACAGCAUCGGACCCCUUGGCGGAAGAAGGGGCAGCAGCAGGUUCAGCAGCAAGAAAUCCAGACAGAAUCACAGCCUGGAUGAUGCCCGGCUGGAGAUCCACGAGCUGAAUCACAGCCUCGACUCCAACGUUCCCCUCAGGAAGCAGACCAUAGCAGAGGAGAGCCUUGAUCGAUCAGAUGGGCUCGUCAGCAGCAGCAGCUUCCUGAAGCACAACAAAGCCUUCCACAAGCUGUUUCCAGAGAUCCCUCAGGGGGAGAAUCUGACGCAGACAUUCACCUGUGCCUUGCAGAAGGAGGUGCUGUAUCAUGGAAAGCUCUUUGUUUCGGAGAACCAUGUGUGCUUCCACUCAUCCGUGCUGCUCAAAGACACCAAGGUGGUGAUUCCUGCGUCCAGCGUCAGGGAGGUGAAGAAACACAACUCAGCUUUAUCCAUGUUGUCCAUUCAAACUGCUGACGGAGAGAAGCACUCAUUCGUGUCUUUGAGGAACCGUGAGAUGUGUUAUAAACUCCUCCAAACCGUCUGCUCGCACGCACAGGGGGAGAGUGCCAACAGCAGCCCUCAUCUGUCCUCUGCAGAGAACGAAGUCGACCAUGACAUGGCCUCCAGUUAUUCCAGUUUGGAGGACAGCAUGGAUCAUGAUCUGCGCCGGCAGAACAGCACUUAUCUCGAUAACGGCUCUCCUCAGAUGUCCAGUGAAGGUCCGACAGGGUGCAGCUCCACUCGUCAGAGCAGCUUAACAGACGAAGAUGUCCGAGCAGCUGAGUCGUGGAUUUGGAGGAUCAUUGAGACGGUCACGCCGCUCCUCCUCCUCAGAGAGAUGAGGAAUCUGAGCGGUCUCUUCUACAUCUACAUGGUGAUGAUGGCGUUGCUCCUGCUGGCGUCUGGGUACAUCGGGCUGAGGAUCAUCGCGCUGGAGGAGCAGCUGAAGUCUUUGGGAGCCCUGACCGAGUUGUCUUUACACCACAGAGAGUACCAGGAAACGUAGCCAGCGGCGGGGGACUGUGACAAACAAAUCCUUCAAGGACCUCAUGCAAUGCACUGCUCUAUUAAGAUCCUGCUGUACACUGAUCCCUGUCUAGACAGACUCCCAAAAGCAUCUCAGCAGACACACAGCGCAUCAUUUAGUGAAAGGUUUUGUGCUAAGAAUUUUACAAUAUUGUGCACAAACUAGUUUGCUCACCGUAGAAAGUGAGCCCCUGUGGUAACAGCGUGUCUACAGAGGAUGCAGGUCAGCAGAUUGAUGCUGUUGGGAUGUCUGAACCAGGCCACACGUGGUGAACUACAUGGAUGACUGAGUGUGUUGGCAGAGAAGCACCAGGACAAUAUUUGUAUUAGGAGUGCGCUCGUUUUCUGCUGACACAUCAAAAACUGACACGAGGAUCUCCUGCACUGAGCCAUAUGGAGGCAGCCUGCUGAAGCCAUGUUUAUUUCUUGGCUGGUGAACAGCUGAGCUCAGCUUGCAGAGGUCGCUGGAGUCUUGGCCAUUUUGGAUCAAUAUAACCUGCAACAAGGAUCUUAACCGGAUUGUGAAAGAAGUGUUUGUUGUUGCUUGAUUCGAAAUCAUCUGUAUGUUAUGAAAUGAAUGUUAACAGUGUUUAAGUUAACGGCUGGAAUCUAAUGAUGUUAUUUUAAGAGUGUUAAUGACAAUCAUCAGCCAGCAGAUGGCAGUCACUCCCUUAACUUAACAUGAGGCCCUGAAAAAGGAUGUAACUUGCACUUCUCAGGCCCUGAAAUGUCUUCAAAAUACAAAUGUCAGAAAAUGCUAAUGGCCUUUUUGUCAAAUCAGUCCCGUUGAUAGAUACUGCUGAGCGUCCGUCUGGUGUUCGUACACAAUGUGACCAACUGAUUUCCAGGACGUCUCCAUGACUUUAAACCAAGUCUUAUGACCUAACAUUUGGAAAAUUAUGUAUAAAUGAAACGUACAUUUAAUAUGAGGUGUCAAACACCUGUGAUGAAACUUAAGUGCUUGUAUGUCUGCUUUAACACUGUGUGUAUUUAAAAAAAAAAGAUAUACAGGGCAUGUUUGAAUCUGAUAUUCAUCUAACCAUAUUAAACUAUUUAUGAAACUGUUUUCCAAAACUUUUCCAGGCCUGGGAAACACAUUUAUCCAGGAUUUUUAAAACUGUACAACCCUAAACUUUAUCAGCAUGCACUCCAGUCAGAGAAGAGAGUUUGUAUGAUUUUAUAUAUCAUUCAAAACCCACCUUCUCUGGUGUAACAAGCAUGUAAUCCAAAUGGUAAACCUGAAGCAUUCUGUAUGACUGACAUGGUUCUUAAUAACUUGUGCACUGUUGGGAUCAGAUUUUUGUACAUAAGUGAUCUUUUUUUAUUAUUUUGUUGUCCAUAAAAAGGUCAAGAUUCA